AUGUUGGAGCCUUUCUACGAUGGGCUUGGAGGUGAAUUGUCUUUGCUAAUGAAAGCUUUGACCAUAUUAUUUUUUUCCAUCUACUGCACUAUCAGCCGCCCAAAGGUUGGCUAUGGCCACGUAUACCCAUCCAUCUACAUUCUGGCGCGCGUGAAACCCAGAACGACAAUGUGUCUACCUUCGCUUAUCGGCCAGGUCUCCAUACUACGAGACUUGCGACAGCCUAGGCCAUCAAAUUGCGAACCAUGGAUCUUCUGGGACCCGGUCUUCUCCACGGAAGAGGCAAGGAGCAACGAAGCCGGACGCCUGAAAGGCAGAGUCAAAAGGGUGCGGGAUGAAAUUGCAGCGAAAUGA